AUGGCGGCGCCCAUGAAAUGGAAAAGACUUGUGAUCUCUGCGUAUACUCCUGCUUUCUCUUGGGUUUUUACGAGGGUAACAGAUCGCUUUUUUAGGACACAUGAGCGGAGGAGAGGGUCCACUGUGCUGCUCUUGGCCCCUCUCCUGGCAGAGGCGGACUCAGGCUCCCUGGCCUCCUCCAGACCUCCAGGCUUCACUGGUGUCGAGGGCCUCCACUCUCGGUUCCAGUGGAUGGCUGAUCAUGUACCUGCUUUUAGGGUCCCUGGGGGCUGCAUACGCAUCCUUCACUCACCUGAUGAGUUUUAUCAGACUAUGAAGGCUCGUAUCAAGACAGCCAAGAGUCGUGUGGUUAUGGCUUCACUGUAUUUGGGCACAGGACCACUAGAGCAAGACCUUGUUGAUUGCAUGGAAGAGGCAUUAGAGCGCUCACAGGAAGAUCAUGUACCUGAUCUCAAAGUGUCUUUUUUGCUGGAUUAUACCAGAGGCUCAAGAGGUAAGCACAAUUCCCGCACAAUGUUACUGCCGCUGCUCCAGUGUUUUCCUGAGCAAAUGAGAGAGUCCCUGUACCAUACGCCUGACCUGCGGGGGCUGCUGCGUCUUCUGGUUCCCGAACGCUUCAAUGAAACCAUCGGGGUGCAGCACAUCAAGGCAUACCUUUUUGACAACAGUCUCAUUAUUAGUGGGGCCAAUCUGAGCGACUCCUACUUCACCAAUCGUCAGGAUCGUUAUGUUCUAUUGGAGGACUGUGAGGAAGUGGCUGAUUUCUUUGCUGAACUCGUGGGAGCCGUGGGCGACGUGUCACUGCAGCUCCAGCCUGACAACAGUGUGCACAUGAUGGAGGGAAUGGUGCAUCCCUACAAAGGUAACAGAGCAGAGUUUUCUGCAUCGGCACAGAGACGGAUCAUGGAGGUGGUGAACACGGCCCGUGUCCGGCAGAGCAUGCUGGAGGCGGAAUGCUCGGACAUCCUAGACUCGGACAGAACGGUGCCAAAUGACACUUGGAUCUUUCCACUCGUGCAAAUGAAGCCUCUGGGCAUUCACCUGGAUGAACAAGUAACCCAACGACUGCUCAUAGAGGCAGGUGGAGACUCAGUCGUCUACCUGACAUCGGGUUACUUCAACCUGACGCGCACCUACAUGCAGCUGGUGCUGGGUGCAGCAGCAGACUACCGUAUCCUCAUGGCCUCCCCAGAGAUUAAUGGCUUUUUUGGAGCCAAAGGUGUAGCAGGAGCAAUUCCUGAGGCCUACGUUCACCUCGCCCGACAGUUUUACAAUAAGGUGUGUCAGCUGGGUCAGCAGAGUCGUGUCCACUUGCAUGAAUACCAUCGCCCCAACUGGACAUUUCAUGCUAAAGGCCUGUGGUACUAUGUGGGAGGAAGAGACCGCCCCUGCCUCACUCUCAUUGGCUCCCCAAAUUUCGGCUAUCGCUCUGUGCACAGGGAUCUGGAGGCUCAGAUUGCCAUAGUAACAGAGAAUGAGGAACUCCAGAUGCAACUGCAACAGGAGCAGGAGGUGUUGUACCAGAGCUCCACAAAAGUGUCAAACUCCACGUUUAAUCAGCCAGACCGCCAUGUAAAGCUGUGGGUGCAACUGGUUACUCCACUCAUCAAGAACUUCUUCUAAAGUUCAACAGGCCUGAGGUGACAGAUAUCUCACUGUCUAUGACAGAUGAAAAGUGGGACUACGCGUGUGUGAUUUGUACAUGAGGCAUUUGCAAAUAUCGAUGGUUUCCUGGAUGCAGAUGGCAAAGAUAAAGAUGACUGUCCCGGCGAGCUCCAGUGAAGAUUUUAGAAACAACUCUGUGCUGUUAAGAUUCAAUAACAUUCAUUCUGCUUCUUAUAACCUCAUUGUUAGGAGAGAAUACAUGUAAAACCUGUAUACAGGGUUUGCUGCCAGUGUGAUAGACAUGUAUUUGUAAGCACUAUGGCAGAUGUGAAGGUUUGGCCAUCAGUUUGAUGUGCAGUGCAUUUGUAUGUAUAUAUUUUAGUUAAUUUAACUUUUUUUCUGUGAACAUUUGUAUUGUGUUUUGUCACUUUAAUAAGAUGCUGUUCAACAAAAACCCUUUCCAUUUCUAUUGUACUUUUUGAUUAUUAUUUUUGGUUGAAAAUGUCAGAAGCAGCUAUAAGGCAUCAUUAAUAUUCAUUUCAUUACUAAGGUCAAGGAUAUUCAGUUGAUCUCGCACAUUUCAGCAACACUUAGUUACCUCAGCCAUAUGUGAAAUAUCUAUUUCCCUGAAACCUAUGGAAGCUUGUUUUCACCACAGGAUAAA